CACCACCACAACCUCAAUCUUCAGUCAAAAUGGGGAUUGAUCUCGACCGGCAUCAUGUUCGAGACGGGCACCGCAAGGUCCCCAAGUCUACCAACCCCUACAUCAAGCUGUUGGUGCGCCUCUACAGGUUCCUUGCGCGCCGUACCGAUGCGCCCUUCAAUAAGGUCGUCCUGCGACGCCUCAUGAUGUCCAAGAUCAACCGCCCUCCGGUCAGCUUGUCCAAGAUCGUUGCGACCGCUGCCAACAAGCACUCUGGCGAGGCGCACGCUGGCAAGACCAUCGUCAUCAUCGGAACUAUUACGGAUGACAACCGUCUCUUGGAACUCCCCAAGCUCUCCGUUGCUGCCCUACGCUUCACCGCGUCCGCUCGUGCUCGCAUCGAGAAGGCUGGAGGUGAGUGCCUCACGAUUGAUGAGGUGGCGACGAGGUUCCCGACCGGCUCCAACACCCUCCUCCUCCGUGGACCGAAGAACGCUCGUGAAGCCGUCAAGCACUUCGGUUUCGGCCCGCACUCCCACAAGAAACCGUAUGUCGCGAGCAAGGGACGCAAGUUCGAGCGCGCUCGUGGCCGCAGGAGGUCUCGUGGUUUCAAGGUCUAAGCGGUAUCUUGAGGCGCAGCUGUUUCUUUGGGUCGUCGGCGUGGUCAUGGUCAUGGAAUUCAGUCACAGAAGGCAUGCAUCAUGUCUAGCAGGCUCUACGGGUUCAAAAAGAUAAUGUCCGGUUAUGCAAUGAAAGCAUAGUAUGGGCUGUGGGGUGCUCAACAGG